GAAAGCAGUGCUAAAAUUUAGCCCUAAGAGGUGUUACUUUUCUUAUGGGUUAGGUGCUUAACUAUAACCAUUAAUAGAAUGGAUAGCAAUAGACAUUCAGUAUUACGCAUAGUCUAACGGUGAUCAGAAGCCUACCAUAACACAAUGCUGUUCCGUCUGCAUGUUACAAUCUGUAGUUAUUAAUACGUCUCAUUAAAAGAAAUUAUACCUCUUCCAGUGCCAACGCCCAUGUUUCACGCGCAGCUGGAUUGGGUUUCGUGGAAAGGAAGCUGGUUGCGGUCGUAUAUAUGUACAUGUAUAUGGUCUGAACAGCCGAGCGCUUGAAAGGUGUAGCGCGCGCGCUCUUCCAGGUUCAACGUUGCUCACACUUUGUCCCGUGCCCAGGCGACCUCUCGACAACUCCGCGACUUGCCGUGAAUGUUUCAGUUUUAAACAAAUUAGAAUUAUGCGCUGAAAUUUAGAAACAGCUCAUCAGAAAGUUGUAUUAAAGUUUUUUUUUUGUUUGUUUUUUUUGGGAAGCAUCAUAACUCAAUGAUCAAGAUAGCUAAAAUACACUGUUCUUUUUGGCUCAACAAGUUGGUUGUACUUUAGAUUUCCAUGGGCAUUUGAUGUCUUCGUCACAGUAAUAACUAGCAUUACUAGCAAUUGACCUGGAGAUGUCUGGCAUGAGCGCACCAUAACACCGAAAAGCCGCGAAAACUGAUUUCUUGUUUUAACUUUUCCAUUUAAGUGGGCCCUUCUCCCAGCAUGCCUCGCUCCUUCCUGGUCAGGAGUAGAAGGGGCGGGGCCCACAUACCACGGCCUGCAGAGGACAGCGGUGUCCGUGGCUCCACCCAAUCGCAGGGGCGCUUCCUGCCACCAGAGCCGCAGUCUCCCGGAAGCCCCGCCCCUAAAGUGGUCAACCCCACCUACCCGACCAAAGGGGUUACCGGGACAGCGGUUGCCGAGGCAGCAGUUACUGGGACAGCGGUUGCCGAGGCAGCAGUUACUGGGACAGCGGUUACCGGGACAGCAGUGGCCCCAUCCACAGCGCGGUUGAACCCCAUGCUGCCCUCUCCCUACAGCACCCAGUACAUUAACCUGUGCUGGCCCCCAGGCAGCCCGGCUCACGCCCCAGCUCCGCCCCAGCCGACGCCCCGCUGGCCCCCAGCCCUGUGCCCACGCAGCCCCGGGAGAGAGAGGGAGCUGGAGCAACUGCUGCACACUUUCCUGAGCCACAGACAGGGGGCGACAGAGAGCAGCAAUCAGCAGCUGAUCAGUCAGCUCAGUCUCAAGCGUUCCUCCGCAGACUGCCCCCGGUGUCAGGAGGGGUCACAUGUGAGCAGGCUCCCUGUCCUCCCAUUGGUUGCGUACAGCGACCAAUCGUACGUGUUCAGACCAAAGCUGGGUGUGCACUGCAGGAUUAUGGAGCGCGGAUUCGGCUGCAAAGUGUGUGGAAAGACCUUCAAGCGCUCCUCCACCCUCUCCACCCACCUGCUGAUCCACUCCAACACCCGCCCGUACCCCUGCCCGUACUGCGGCAAGAGGUUCCACCAGAAAUCCGACAUGAAGAAGCACACCUACAUACACACAGGUGAGAAGCCCCACGUGUGCCAGGUGUGCGGAAAGGCCUUCAGCCAGAGCUCCAACCUCAUCACGCACAGCCGCAAGCACAGCGGCAACCGACCCUUCGCCUGCGCCGGCUGCCACGCCAGCUUCCAGCGCAAAGUGGACCUGCGUUGCCACCAACAACUGCAUUGUGGGAACAGUAGUCUUUACAGCUCAGAGCUGCAACCUAAAGAACUGCACUGUGGGAACAGUAGUCUUUACAGCUCAGAGCUGAAACCUAAAGAACUGCACUGUGGGAACAGUAGUCUUUACAGCUCAGAGCUGCAACCUAAAGAACUGCACUGUGGGAACAGUAGUCUUUACAGCGCAGAGCUGAAACCUAAAGAACUGCACUGUGGGAACAGUAGUCUUUACAGCUCAGAGAUGAAACCUAAAGAACUGCACUGUGGGAACAGUAGUCUUUACAGCGCAGAGCUGAAACCUAAAGAACUGCACUGUGGGAACAGUAGUCUGUACAGCACAGAGCUGUACCCUAAAGAACUGCACUGUGGGAACAGUAGUCUUUACAGCUCAGAGCUGAAACCUAAAGAACUGCACUGUGGGAACAGUAGUCUGUAAAGUUCAGAGCUGAACCUUAAAGAACUGCACUGUGGGAACAACAGCCUGUACUGUACUCUGAACCCAAAUGUCAUACACACUCACAUACAGAAACGUGUAUGUAUGAGUGGACACACAUACGCAUAUACAAGCAAACACAAACAGA